UGUGAAAAUUUUCUGAAUCCGCCACUGCUCGGGAGUAGUACUCACUUCAUGCUUGAGAGGUCGGAACUGCACGCGGUAUGUAUGGUCUAUCCGUGUGAGUCAAAGAGCGCUAGCGUACUUCGAAACUAUCCUCACAAGUGUUUUUCUACAGCUCAAAACUCAAUCUCUCAAUCAAACCCAUUCAAUCGUCUCUGUUAAGUUGGCCUUAUAAAAACACUGUCCACCACCAUCGUAUUUAUUUAUCUAACCAAUCUUAUACCUAGUUAAUCUUUAGUGGUAAACCCAAAGGAAAGUAAAAAAAAAAAGGGUGAAUUUGUAUAGAAGAGACGCAAUGAUUAGUUGAUCUUGAUAAUAAUAAGGGAGAGCCAUCCCGUUAUUGAAUAUGAGGCCCACGAUGCAGGUAGCCAUCCCUGUCGUCUGCCAGCUGCCUUAAGUUAUCUCUCAUCUUUCUAUAUAAUGGAAGACGUACGGUAGCUUAGUUAUCUAUAUAGCUAAUACUUAGUUUCACAAAUAGAGCUAAGAAACGAGAAUGGCUGCUGGUAGUCCAUUUGUGUCUGUGUUUUUGUUUUGCUACUUGGCAGCUGCUGCAGGUUUCUUCAUUCUCGGCAAUGCGGAGGCCGCCGCCGGAAUCCAUCGGCAGCAUAUUACCUCUUCCUUCAACAGGAGCAGCUUUCCCAAAGGGUUUAUAUUCGGAGCCGGUUCAGCAGCUUACCAGUCUGAAGGAGCUGCGCAUAUGGAUGGGAGGGGAGCAAGUGUUUGGGACAAUUUCACCAGAGAGCAUCGAGAUAAAAUAUGGGAUCAUAGUAAUGGAGAUGUAGCCGAUGAUUUCUACCACCGGUAUGCGGAGGACAUCAAGUUAAUGAAAAAGAUGGGAUUGGACUCCUUCAGAUUCUCCAUCUCCUGGCCCCGACUAUUGCCGAAGGGAAAACUGAGCGGUGGAGUCAAUCCAUUAGGAGUGAAAUUCUACAACAGACUGAUCGACCACCUCCUCGUCAACGGAAUCAAACCGUUCGUGACUUUGUUCCACUGGGACCUCCCACAGGCACUCGAGGACGAAUACUCUGGUUUCCUCAGCUCCAAAGUCGUGGACGACUUCCGCGACUACGCCGACCUGUCCUUCAAGCUGUUCGGCGACCGGGUGAAAAAAUGGUGCACCCUCAACGAGCCUUACUCCUACAGCAUCAACGGCUACAACGGCGGCACCUUCGCCCCGGGACACUGCUCCCGCUACAUGGGCAACUGCACCGUCGGCAACUCCGCCACCGAGCCCUACACGGUGGCGCACAACCUCCUCCUCUCCCACGCCGCCGCCGUCCGCCUCUACAAGUCCAAGUACCAGCCCACCCAGAAGGGAGAGAUCGGGGUCACCAUCGUCACCAACUGGUUCGUGCCCAAGUCUCCCAAAUCGGCCGCCGACAAGGAGGCCGCCGGCCGGGCGAUCGACUUCUUCUUCGGGUGGUACGUGAGCCCGAUCACCUACGGCGAGUACCCGGCCAGCAUGAGGCGGCUGGUCGGCGACCGGCUGCCCCGGUUCACGCCGGAGCAGUCCCGCAUGCUGCGGGGGUCGUUGGAUUUCUUGGGGGUCAAUUACUAUACGACGAAUUUCGCGGCGCAUAAUCCGGUCCUGCAUGGUGCUAACACUAGCUACAACGCUGAUUCCCAGACUAUUCUCACAACUUCCAAGGCAGGAGUUCCAAUUGGUACUCCGACUGGUUUGAAUUGGCUCUUCAUUUAUCCGAGGGGAAUCUACUCGCUAAUGAUGUACGUGAAGGACACGUACAAGAAUCCCCCAAUAUACAUCACCGAAAAUGGUCUGGCCGAUGCGAGUAACGACACGUUGCCCCAGAGCGCGUUCAUUAAGGACGGGAUGAGGAUCAAAUACCUCCAUUUACAUCUCCAGAACCUCCUCCUAGCCAUCAAGGAUGGAGCGAACGUGAAAGGAUAUUACGCGUGGUCUUUGUUCGACGAUUUCGAGUGGGAUGCUGGCUACUCGGUGAAAUUCGGUCUGAUCUACAUCGAUUUCAAGGAUCAUCUCAAGAGAUACCUCAAGUACUCGGCUUACUGGUACAAGAAGUUCCUCUUGCACUGAUCGGUAUAUCUAGAGAGAGAGAGAGAGUACUGGUACUUGAAUAAUUAUGAGCUAACUACUUUGCUCAUGUACUCUAAAUCUUAUGUACUGCCUUGCUUCUGAUUCUCAAAUAAGCUGUUUCAUGCUGCGUUACUGCUCAAUAAUAUUGAUCAUGCACAAUUAGGGAUGUCAAUCCAACCCGUAAUCAUGGGUACCCUACCCGACUGUAACUGGUGAACGAGGGUAAUUACCCGCUUUGACGGGUUAAGGGGUGGGUACGGGUAAUACCCGAUUUCAAAAUAAAGGGUAGGUUACGGGUGUGGUAAUCGAUAAUACCCGCCCUGUUAUACCCGCCCCGCUAAUCAAAGGGUCAAUUUUCC